UUUGCGGAUAGGGGUAUGGCUUAUUUGCAACGUUAGGCUUUGGAUAAACGACUUAUUUACUCCAUGUUAAAACCGGUUAACGUAGACACUGUUAAUACGUGUAAAUACGAUUUUUAUACAUUUUUUAGCUCUGGUCGAAUUUUGUUAUUAACACAAAGUUUUCAAUGAUUUCAGUCUGAACAAUUGUAAUAGAUUCAGAGAUGGAUUACAAACAGUUUAUACAGUUGGCACAAAAGAAUAAACCGUUCGAGCGUAUCCAAUUGGAAGGCUCACAGACAAUCGGCCAUUUGAAGACCGACAAGGGGAACAAUUCAGGAUUCCGAACAAGGAAGCUAGGGAGGGAACGGCUGGGGGUUGACUAUGCAAGGCAGUAUCAACUUGAAGAUGAAGAAUACGAGCGUCAAAUGCAAUAUACUCAUGCGGGUCAAAUGUACACUGUUGAUGAUCUAACUUCUGUUGCAACGGAUUGUUUCAACAUGGAACCCUUGAGUGAACAGUUGACUUAUGUCUAUGAGAGUUAUUCUUUUGAAACUAAACAAGACAGCGAUCUCCAAAUCAGCGAAUACAAGGAACUGAUUAUUGAACACAUAGAUCAAAAUUUAGUUACAAUAAUCAAAGGGCAAACUGGUUGUGGUAAGACAACACAAGUACCGCAGUUUAUCCUUGACAGUUGCCGAGACAACAACAUCCAUUGCAAUAUAAUUGUAACCCAGCCGAGAAGGAUCGCUGCCAUAUCUGUAGCCAAACGUGUCUGUGACGAGCGCAAAUGGGAACUCGGGACACUUGUCGGCUACCAGAUCGCUUUAGAAAAACAAUGUUCAAAAGACACGAGACUGCUUUACUGCACAGCGGGUGUUCUUCUCCAGGAGUUAGUGGCAAAGCAGAACUUAUCGACCUACACACACAUUAUCAUAGAUGAAGUACAUGAGAGAGACAAUGAGACUGACUUCCUUCUCAUUGUACUAAAAAUGCUUUUGAGAGUGAAUGGAAAUAGAACUAAGGUUAUUCUCAUGUCAGCAACUAUAAAUACAGAUAAAUUUGCUGAAUAUUUUUCAAAAACGGUUCGUAAUGAAAAGAUUGAACCACCAGUCAUUGAACUCACUCGCGAAACAAAGUUCCCAGUUUCUUGUUAUUAUCUUGAUUCUCUUAUUGAUCGAGUUCCUCUCAAGGCGCCAAAUGUAUUAUAUAACGAACCUACCAUCACUAAAGAGGCUUAUGAAUUUGCCAUCAUGCUAGUUGAAGUGUUUCAUAAAAUUGAUAUUCAGGAGCACAAGAGAGUACCGUUUUUAGGCUCAGUAUUAAUUUUUCUACCUGGACUACAAGAAAUUGAAACACUUUAUGAAAUGCUCUCAAAAAGGAAAGCCAUAGAGAAGAACCCAGAAGAAGAAUGGAUGAUAUGCCCAUUGCAUUCCUCUGUUACUUUUGAUGAACAAAUUAAAGUUUUCAAAUUGCCACCUAGAAGGACUAGAAAAAUAAUACUUGCAACCAACAUAGCAGAAUCAUCCAUAACAGUGCCUGAUGUUAAAUAUGUUAUUGAUUUUUGUCUAAUGAGAAUGCAAGUCCAAGAGUGUGACUCAAGUUAUUCCUCUCUUCAGCUCUCCUGGAUUUCAAAAAACCAGGGGCAACAGCGUGCUGGAAGAGUCGGAAGAGUUAUGCCCGGUCGAGUCUAUCGACUUGUACCCGAGGCUAUUUACGAAGAUUUCGAAGAAGAGUGUAUACCUGAGCUAGUGAGAUGUCCUUUGGACUCGUUGGUUUUGAAAGCUAAGCAGCUUAAAAUGGGUCCGCCCGUUGCCAUCCUUGGUAGAGCCAUGGAUCCACCAGAUUUGAGUAACAUAUACCGGACUGUAUUAAAUCUCAAAGAAAUGGGAGCUCUGUGUUUAACAGUCGAUGGUGAAUAUAAGGAAGAUGACGGUGAUUUAACUUUUAUUGGAGUAAUUAUGGCCUCGCUACCCUUAGACACUCAUUUGUCAAAACUUAUCAUAUUAGGUCACAUGUUUAGCUGCUUAAAAGAAUGUGUUAUAAUGGCAAGUGCUAUGGCUGUGAAAAGUAUAUUCAGCACACCAUUUAAACAACAGUUGGCAGCUUACAGUUCAAAAUUAUCGUGGGCCGAUUCGUCAUUCAGUGAUCCAGUUGCUUUUCUAAACGUUUACUGGCUGUGGCGACAUAAGACCACAAUGGGAAUGUUUAAACGCACUGGAGCCAUCAGUGAGCACGAGUGGGCAAAGAAGUAUUUUGUCCAGGUAAAAUCGUUAAAGGAAAUUGCACGCCUUGAAAAUGAAAUACUCGAAAGGUUAAAGAGGCUUAACAUCGAAGUGGGUAGAGAAGAAAUCCAGAAUGAUUUAUACACCGAAAAAGACAAGGCUUUGAUUCUUAAACUUGUUUUGGCAGGAGCUGCUUAUCCUAAUUUCUUCUCGAGGAGUACACCUGAUGAAAAGGAAGCGGUUAAAAUUCUAGGAGGCCGGGAUCCAUUUUCUACUAUAUAUUUAACCAAUUUUCCUCCUAAUCAACCAGGACCCCUUUACAUUCAGAGUAUAAAGAAACAUUUCAACCAUUGUGGAUCUGGAAUAAAUGUUUCAUUUGACGGAAGCUUUAAAGUAUACCUUCAGUUUGAAAGCAGUCAUACUUCAAUUGAUGGAGCCAUCAAAGAUCACAUCACUGGAAAAAUCAUGCUGGCUAUUUACAGGGCCAUUAAACUUCGCCAAUUAGGAAUUCCAAUAAUAAUCCCUGUUCUACCUCAUGCAGAAGCUCAGGAGAGGGCAAAACAGAUUUUUGGAGACAAUCUGAACACAAAUGUUUUCUGCUGGGAGAAGAAAAAGGAGAAAGUUGUUCAACAAGUCGUACUUCCGGGGCUUAGUGUUUCCGUCAUCCCUGUCAUUAUUACCCAUCUGGACAACCCACAUCUUUUUUGGGUCCACCUGAGUGCCGACCAGUACAAAAAAAGACACCUUUGGCUUAAUUCGCAGAUGUCUCGUCCUGGUUUUAUGGUGCCGAUUAAGAGGGAAAAUGUAACCCAUGGGAAAGUCUGUAUAGCGCCUUAUACUGAGGACGGUGAUAAAAGUUAUUAUAGAGUAAAAAUCAUUUGGGUCAAUGAGACCGAUCCUAUAUCAGCACAGGUUUUGUACAUUGAUUAUGGCAAUAAGGAAGUUGUGAGUAUCAAUGAUUUAUAUGAUUUUUCCAAAGAAGGAAAAAAACUCGGUUUAGAAGACGAGCCCGGACUCGCUGUCAAGUGUUCGCUAGCUGAAAUAGAGCCUUCAGUAGCUCUGAAUCCAAAAGGAAAUUGGUCUCGAGAAGCCAUAGUCACUUUUAUGAAGUAUUUCAGUGACAGCAAGGGUAUUGCCAAGAUAUAUUCUACUGUAAAUGAUACAAUGAUCAUAUAUUUGUACAAAAAUAAGGCCAAUAAUGAUGAAGAGGAAAAUUGGAGCGACUUAGUCCCUGAAAACUCCUUCAACCAUUAUCUUAUUCAGAAAGGCUUUGCUGAAGUGGCUGAAGAGCCAUAUUUGUCUAGGGAGAACUAUACACUGCGACAGUUGGCUCAGAAAAGCCCUGAAAUGAAAAGUCCAUACCCUACUUUGUACCCCAAUAAAGAUCUUUUUACAGGAAUUGCUUUUCAGUCACCAGCUGAACACGAAUGUAAAACUAAGAUUAAACUUAAUGGACCAAAAAGCCCUUUGGAAAUGAACUUAAAAUGUCUUACGAGAAAGUGCCAAGGGAUGGAUGUUCAAAUCGAGUGGAAUUCUGUCAAUUCAGUUUUACUAGAUUUAUUUCCCAUGGACAUGCACGAUAGGUUAAUUAUAGCAUCUUCAGUUUCUCAAAAGAAUAGUUCAGACCGUCUUAUUUUAAGAAAUACGACACUUAUGCCAAAUAUACACGGCCUCCUUGCUCUACUCAUAAUGAUAUUUGCACCAAAGACAGAAUUGAGGACUGAUCCUGAUAGAAGGGCCUAUACAGGUGCUUUGUGUGGUCUUGGCUUUAAUGAAGAAACAAGCGAGGCUUACAAUCCGGAAAAUGAUAUUGAAGUGACUUUUGAUACAAAAUUUGAUUUAAUGGAUUUAGAAAAUAUUAAUAAACUGAGAUUCUGGAUGAAUUACAUAGUCCGGGGGGAUUCCAACGUGGAGGAGAAUGACAUAUCCUCAGUUCAAGUGUUGCAAGCUCAGAAGAAAAUCAAAGAAUAUAUUUUAAGCCUUGUUGGAAAAAAGAGGCCGAGCAAACCCCAGGAGAUAUUUGAAAAAAGUUUCGAAUGGGGAUUAGCGCCAGAAGAAUACCUUCUUAAUCCUCAGCAAGGAAAUAUCAAAUCGAUCUAUCCACUUAUUUGGGCCAUCGAGCUGAAAGAAGGUGUGGUCUUAUCGAAAAUCGCUGCAAUGCAAGCGCACCUCAAACAACUUCGUUUAUAUUCUGAAGGAAUUGAGAUGUUGAAGGGUGAAACUAAAUGUGAACUCUGCCAAAUUGUUAUCAAAAAUGUACCUCAUCUCAAAUUACACCUUCACACAACACUACAUAAGACUAACUUUGCAAACUUUGCCACUUCUUCAUAGCUGUGAGAUCAUU